GCCCUGAUGACCGGACAGCGGAGCAAGGCGUAGGAAGUGCACGCAAACGCUGCUGCUGGGUUCCAUGGAGGAGUGAUUAUUUCUGCCUGUGGAGCCAGGGACAGUGAUGGCUUCAUGGAGGAGGCCACAGCUGACCUGUCCUGAGAAGACGCAAAGCUUCCAGCUGGCUGCUCAGGGGCAGUUGUGUGCGUCUCCAACCCCCGUGGGGCAGGGUCGGGUGCUGAUGAGCCCCUUCUGGGGGAUGGUGAGGACUGGCAGCCCCUGUCACCCCGCCCACAGAGCUUCAGCCCAUGCCAGCAGGUCUGGUGUAAAUCUCUAGCACAUUGGGCAGCUGGGCACUAAGCCCUGGACAGAACCCCAGCAUCCUGUGACCCCUGGCUGCUGUCAGUGGCAAGUUCUGUGUCUCCUCUGCUCACAUCCUGCACACCCCGAAGGUCCGGCACUAGGUGCCCUUCCAACAGGCACCUGAUACGGCGUCAGCAUUGAAAAUUCAUACAUCAAACCCACGUAACCUGCCAACCACCCUGGCCUGGCUGCCCCAACUGUGGAGUUUCUGCCAUCCCCUGGGACCCAGGGCUGGCUGCCUGGCAUUGAGAGGGAGGAUCUGACUGCACAGCCAAGCCCCACAAGAGGAUCACGUUUGCCACACAGCUGCUCCCAAGUGUGCUUGGCUUCUGAGUGACCUUGGAGCUGAAAGUCUUCAGUGGCGUGGAGUUUGGCACCGCCUGACUGAGUCUACACACAGCUCAGCACACAACACCCACUGGCUGGCAACCCACAGAUCAUAGCCUCCACGUCAGAGCUCUAGACCUACCCCACACCUGCCUGCCUCAGCCCCAGGCAAGAGCCGCCCUCCAGCCUCCCGCUCCAUCCCGCUACCACACCGGAGCUCUGGAUGCCAGCUGUGGCUUUCCCUCGCCGCCCAGCCCUCACACCAGGACACGAUGGCUGAGGCUGCAGGGUCUAGGAAGCCGCUGGUGGAGGUGGCAGGGGUGCCCUUGCAGGCUGCCACCGUGGACAACUGGAGCCAGAUCCAGAACUUUGAGGCUAAGCCGGACGACCUCCUCAUCUGUACUUACCCCAAGUCAGGGACAACAUGGAUUCAAGAAAUCGUGGACAUGAUCGAGCAGGACGGGGACGAGGGGAAGUGCCAGCGGGCCAUCAUUCAGCACCGCCACCCGUUCAUCGAGUGGGCACGGCCGCCGCAGCCCUCGGGUGUGGACAAAGCCAACGCCAUGCCCUCCCCACGGACACUGAGGACGCACCUGUCCACAGCGCUGCUGCCGCCUUCUUUCUGGGAAAAGCACUGCAAGUUCCUUUACGUAGCUCGGAAUGCCAAGGACUGCAUGGUUUCCUAUUACCAUUUCCAGAGGAUGAACAAAGUACUCCCUGACCCCGGCACCUGGGAAGAAUACUUUGAAGCCUUCAUCAAUGGAAAAGUGGCCUGGGGCUCCUGGUUUGACCACGUGAGAGGAUGGUGGGAUGUAAGGGACAGACACCAGGUGCUCUUCCUCUUCUACGAGGACAUAAAGAGGGACCCGAAGCAGGAAAUCUGCAAGGUGAUGCAGUUCAUGGGAAAGAACUUGGAAGAAGCAGUGCUGGAUAAAAUUGUCCGGGAGACGUCCUUCGAGAAAAUGAAAGAGAAUCCUAUGACAAAUCGUUCCACGGUCCCCAAAUCUAUCAUGGACCAGUCCAUUUCCUCCUUCAUGAGAAAAGGAACUGUGGGGGACUGGAAAAACCACUUCACAGUGGCCCAGAAUGAGAGGUUUGAGAAAAUCUACAGGGAAAAGAUGGAAGGCAUCUCCAUCCGCUUCCGCCCAGAGCUCUGAACAGGCCGAGAAGGAGCCCCAGCUCAGGCCUCAGCCUCAGCUGGAAGAAGCUCUGAGAGUGUGUGGCACACACACGUGAGCCCGGUGCCACUGCUCCGAGAUUGCUACCAGUGCAUCACAGCUUCCUUCUGAAGGACCGUGUCAAACGCCGGUUUCUCUACAAUUCUUUCCACAGUAAGAAACAAGACCACCUAAUAAACUCAGUCAAAUAUGA